CACAGAGCAGUAUAAUUUAAGUUAUUCGCUGUAACGGUGUUUACAAUUCAACAGCAGUAACACAGGCUUUUUUCAACGUUAAAGAGCCUGAAACGACAACGGGAUAAUGGCUGAUCAGCUGACUGAAGAGCAGAUUGCUGAGUUCAAAGAAGCAUUUUCGCUGUUUGACAAGGAUGGUGACGGUACAAUUACAACCAAAGAGCUGGGGACAGUGAUGCGCUCUCUGGGACAGAACCCCACUGAGGCGGAGCUGCAGGACAUGAUCAAUGAAGUGGAUGCUGAUGGUAAUGGGACUAUUGAUUUUCCUGAGUUCCUGACGAUGAUGGCCAGAAAGAUGAAGGAUACAGAUAGUGAAGAGGAAAUCCGAGAAGCUUUCAGAGUUUUUGACAAGGAUGGGAACGGGUACAUCAGCGCAGCUGAGCUACGACACGUCAUGACCAACUUGGGUGAGAAGCUCACUGAUGAGGAGGUGGACGAGAUGAUCCGCGAGGCCGACAUUGACGGAGAUGGCCAGGUCAACUAUGAGGAGUUUGUCCAGAUGAUGACUGCCAAGUGAAGAGAGCUCCAAUCUUUCUCUGUGUUACUUGUCCUCUUGAGAUUUGUCUUUAAGAUUAAACAAAAAAGGAACAAUAAUCAAACGGUAAACAAGCCCCCAAGAUCA